AUGGUCGAUGCCUGCGGCUCCAGGACCUGUGUUAUAGCUGCGUCCACCCUGUCUGUCUGCUCCAGUGACCGGAGCUAUGGCAGCCGGGUCUGCUCACCCAGUGCCUGCACCGGCUCCUCCUGGCAGGUGGACAAUUGCCAGGAGACGUGCUGCGAGCCCCCCUGCUGCAGCCCCGCCCCCCGCCUGGCCCUCGUCUGCACCCCAGUGAGCUGUGUGUCCAGCCCCUGCCUGUUAGGCUGCACCAGCUCCUGCUGCCAGCAGUCUAGCUGCCAGCCAUCCUGCUGUACCUCCUCCCCCUGCCAGCCGGCCUGCUGUGUGCCCGUCUGCUGCACGUCCGUGUGCUGCACGCCUGUGUGCUGCGAGGCCUCCCCCUGCUCGGCCGCCUCGUGCUGCCAGCCCAGCCCCUGCCCCUCGUCCUGCUGCAGACCCUCGUCCUCCGUGUCCCUCCUCUGCCGGCCCGUGUGCCGCCCCGACUGCCGCGUGCCCAUCUCCUCCUGCGGGGCCCCCGCCUCCUGCUGCCAGCCCAGCUGCUGCCGCCCGGCCUCCUGCGUGUCCCUGCUCUGCCGCCCCGCGUGCUUCCGCCCCGCCUGCUGCGUGCCCGCCUCGGCCUGCGAGUCCUGCUGCUGA